AUGAAACCAAUAUUCCUUUGUUCAUUGGCAUCUUUUGCCAUGUUUAAAUUAUCCAGUUCUUGUACACCAUGUAAUUGCGAUGGGAUUCUCACUGGAAAAACAGUACCACCACUUUGCAAGUUUUAUCAGCAUCGUGACGAAAUUCCAAAAAUAUAUUUAAAAAAAAAGAUAGAAGAAUUCCAAGCAUCUGAAAAUAUAGAAAAUUAUGAAUGGAAAAAAUGGUUUUCGAAGGAGAAAAAAAACAUAUUGAAUUCCUUUAAAAAUAAAGCGAAAGAGUGGAAUAAAUAUAUAAAUAAGGAAUUUGACAAUUUUUUGGAAAAUUUAGAAAAAAAAUGGAUGCACUAUAAUCCUAAUAUGCAUGAAGAAUAUGGUACUUAUGUUCUAGAGGUAUCUUCAGACUGGAGCGAUGAAAAAUGGACAAAAUGGUUUAAAUUAUAUGCAUCAAAUCAUUUGAAAGAGCAUUAUGAAGAAUGGUUUAAUAAAGUUGUAACCGACUACCAUGUAAUGAUGACGGACAAAUUAAAUGCAUACAGUAUGAUUAAAAAAAAUGAAUAUGAGUCAAGAUAUAAAAAUUCGAAUGAAAGUGCUUAUUGGAUGCGCUGGUUAGAAAACCAACGAAAAUUAGCUGAUCCAGAUUAUUAUAUAAAGGAGAAUAAGUUUAGAUUAUGGAAACAAAGAAAACAAAAACAAUAUGAAGAGUGGACCAAAUUAAUCAACUAUGUUAAUGGAAAAUAUGUGUCUUAUAAUAACCCAGAUCUCAAACAAUGGUGUGAAGAAAAUGACACUUUCUUUAAGGGAUGGUUGGUGUCGUUUUUUAAAAGAUGGGUAACCAAUAAACAAUGGACAGUAUGGCUUCGUGAAAAGAAAAAAUAUGAAAAACGUAUGAAUACUUCUACGUAA